GCGCGGCCGUUAGAGGUCUCGGUUUGCCAACGGUCCCAGUCGCCGCGGUCUCCGUGGGUCUCAGUCACCGUGACCCGGCCCCGUUUGCGCGCUCCCUCCCACCGCUGGCGCAGUCACCGCGCGGGGUGGCCGCCCGUGAAGUAGCUACCACGGCUUGUGACAACGAACAAAUCUCCGGGACAGCGGCGCCCUCAGCUACAGCUGGGCGGGCGGCCCGGCCGGCAGCGGCGGCCCGUGAGCUACCGUGAGGAGGGAGCGGUGGAGGUGACCUCCGGUCCGGCCCCGCAUUAGCCGCCCUGCAGGCGCGACGUGAGCCUGGUCUGGCAUCCGCGGGAUGCUCCUUGAGUCUCUUCUCUGGCUGUUACCUCCGGGAGACGGUUGUGGCCACGCCGAUACGUAUUUUCCGAAUAAAUCACUGUUUAUUCUUGCGGCGGCGGGACCGAACACGUUGAUUUUUAAUUUUCUCAACAAGCAUUUACCCAGCUCUUAUCCGGUGAAACAACUUGGUAAGCGUUUCUAGGGAGCAUCCGCCGGGUUAGGAAAUUACGAACUGAGCAGCUUGUGGAAGCCCGCAUUUGCAACGUCCCUCCUCAGACGUUUUGAAGAUUGUUGCAUCUUAUAACACCAGUGUGCACAGAAUCCUAUUCCAGGAACGUCUUGGUCCAGCGAUGCAAAGAACUGAAGUUUCAAGUUGGAAGAGCCUGUAUUGUCCUCAUAAUAGUAUAGAAGAAUUCAAGAUAGGAAAGAGAGACAGCAGCGAAUGAAGACUAUAAAAGAAAAGGAGAAGGAACACCAAAGAUUGAGAAAAUCUGCCAAGACUAAGAGAGUAACCCAGAGGAAACCAUCUUCAGGGCCUGUUUGCCGGUUAUGCCUUCAAGAACCUGGGGAUCCCGAAAAAUUAGGGGAAUUUCUUCAGAAAGGCAAUCUCAGCGUGCAUUAUUUCUGUCUUAUCCUAUCUAGCAAGCUGCCUCAGAGGGGCCAGUCCAACAGAGGUUUCCAUGGAUUCCUGCCUGAAGACAUCAAAAAGGAGGCAGCCCGGGCUUCUAGGAAGAUCUGCUUUGUGUGCAAGAAGAAGGGAGCUGCUAUCAACUGCCAGAAGGAUCGGUGCCUCAGAAACUUCCAUCUGCCUUGUGGCCAAGAAAGGGGUUGCCUUUCACAGUUUUUUGGAGAGUACAAAUCAUUUUGUGGAAAACAUCGUCCAACUCAGGACAUCCAACAGGGGAAUGUGAGGGAGGAAAUCUGUGUCUUGUGUUGUGAAGACUUAUCCCAAGCAAGUGUUGAGAACAUCCAGAGCCCGUGUUGUAGUCAAGCUAUCUACCACCGCAAGUGCAUACAGAAAUAUGCCCACACAUCAGCAAAGCAUUUCUUCAAAUGUCCACAGUGUAACAAUCGAGAAGAGUUUCCUCAAGAAAUGCUAAGAAUGGGAAUUCAUAUUCCAGACAGAGAUGCUGCCUGGGAACUUGAGCCAGGGGCUUUCUCAGAGUUGUAUCAGCGCUAUCAGCAUUGUGAUGCCCCCAUCUGUCUGUACGAACGAGGCAGAGACAGCUUUGAGGAUGAAGGGAGGUGGUGCCUCAUUCUGUGUGCUACAUGCGGAUCCCACGGAACCCAUAGGGACUGUUCCUUUCUUAGAUCCAACAGUAAGAAAUGGGAGUGUGAGGAGUGUUCACCUUCUGCUUCAGCCACAGACUACAUACCUGAAAACUCAAAUGACAUUUCCUACUGCAGCAGCACCUUCCACCCUGAGAAGCGUUUCUGCAGAGACAGCUGCCUGGAAGAGAAUCCAGGCCCUUCUUGGAUUGAUAGGCCACGACCUUCCUUAUUAGAAAAGCCAGAAUCCUCUGGUGGUAGGAGGAGUAACUCCUGGAGGUCCAAGGGUGUCAAAAUGGCUAAGAGCUGCAAAAAAUCCAAGUAACAGCCUGUGAGUGGUUGCUGCCAAGCACAAUUGGGUACGAAGCUGUGCUCCACCAUUGGGUUUGGGGGAGGGAGCACUUUGGGACUCUGAGACAAGGAAAGGGGGCCAGCAGUGAGACUAUGAGCCAAGUAAAGAGAAACCCCAGGGGAAUGUGAGGAGAGAGCAGAGUCCAGAUGCCAACAGCAGAACGUGUUUGUGGUUACGAGGGCACCUCUGUUCUUUCUCCCUGAUUCCCAGAAGGUCCUUUCUUCUCUUCUACCAGGAUUCUUCCACCUUAAUCUGCUUCUCAUAUGCCUCUUCUUACUUCAUCCAUGUUUGUUAUUAUGCAAAUAAAGGUUUUCUCUCCA